AUGAAAUUUCCAAUCGAGACGCCAAGGAAACAGGUGAACUGGGACCCACAAGUCUGUGUUCCAGAUUCAGUCCCCCUUCCCUCCCCUCCUUGUGAGCGGCCCACGGACCCUGCCCAGAGUGGGCACGGGCACCAUCCAGCACCCCGACUCUCUAUUUCCUCCCCCCGGACCACUGUGAUUGCUAGCAUGGAAACCACCUCACAGGGUUUGCAGACAGUCAUGAAGUGGAAAACAGUAGUGGCCAUCUUCUUUGUGGUUGUAGCCUACCUGGUCAGUGGAGGGCUUGUGUUCCGUGCCCUGGAGCAACCAGAAGAAAGCAAACAGAAGAUCAGAAUAGCCGACGAUAAGGCCAGAUUCCUUCAGAAGCACAACUGUGUGUCUCCAGAGGAGCUGGAGGCAUUGAUUCAGCGAGCCAUUAUCGCUACUAAUGCAGGAGUCAAUCCUGCAGGAACCUCUUCUAAUAGCAGCAGCCACUGGGACCUUGGAAGUGCCUUUUUCUUUGCUGGAACUGUCAUCACGACUAUAGGGUAUGGAAACAUUGCUCCAAGCACAGAGGGUGGAAAAAUCUUCUGCAUUUUGUAUGCCAUCUUUGGGAUUCCACUCUUUGGCUUUCUGCUGGCUGGCAUUGGAGACCAACUGGGGACCAUCUUUGGCAAGAGCAUCGCAAGAGUGGAAAAGGUUUUUCGAAAGAAACAAGUGAGCCAGACGAAGAUCCGGGUGAUCUCAACCAUUCUAUUCAUCCUGGCCGGUUGUAUCGUUUUUGUCACCAUUCCAGCAGUCAUUUUCAAAUACAUUGAAAAAGAAUGGUCAGCUCUGGAUUCCAUUUACUUUGUGGUUGUCACCCUGACCACCGUUGGCUUUGGUGAUUUUGUGGCAGGAGGAAAUACUGAAAUCCAGUAUCUGGAGUGGUACAAGCCCCUGGUGUGGUUCUGGAUCCUGGUUGGUCUUGCCUAUUUUGCUGCUGUCCUCAGUAUGAUUGGAGAUUGGCUACGAGUUCUUUCAAAGAAGACUAAAGAAGAGGUUGGUGAAAUAAAAGCCCAUGCAGCUGAAUGGAAAGCCAAUGUGACUGCAGAGUUCAGGGAAACACGGAGACGACUGAGUGUGGAGAUCCACGACAAGCUUCAGCGGGCAGCCACCAUCCGGAGCAUGGAGCGCAGGCGCCUGGGGCUGGACCAGAGAGCCCACUCUUUGGAUAUGCUGUCUCCAGAGAAACGCUGUGUCUUUGCUGCCUUGGACAGUGGCCGCUUUAAGGCUUCAUCUCAGGAAAGCAUCAACAACAAACCGAACAAUUUGCGCCUUAAAGGGACAGAGCAGCUGAGCAAGCAUGGGCAGGGGGCGUCAGAGGACAACAUUGUCAACAAAUUUAACUCUUCUUCCAAGCUGACCAAGAGGAAAAAUAAAGACCUGAAAAAAAGCAUCCCUGAAGACGUGCGGAAAAUUUAUGAGACGUUCCGGAACUAUUCCUUGGAUGAAGAGAAGAAGGAGGAAGAUUCUGAGAAAGUGUGCAACUCAGAGCAUUCAAGCACUGCUGUUCUCACCAACUGCAUUGAACAGCACAUGGACCUGGAUAAUGGAAUGAUACCCACUGAAACCAAAGAUAGGGAACAUGAAAACAAAUCUUUACUUGAAGACAGGAAUUAA